AUGAGUGAAAAUGGGAUGAAUGGACAGACUGGAAAUACCUCAGCCUGCGCAGCGCGUGCAGCCGUCGAAAGGGAGAAAGAAGAAGCAAAGGGCACAGACAUCACGACCAUCUCCACCGACUCCCGAGGUCUCUGCACCCCCACCGCCUCAAAAGAACUCCACACCUCCACAAUUCAAGAAGAACUCAACACCUCCAAGGUUCCAAAAGAACUCAACACCUCCAAGGUUCCAAAAGAACUCAACACCUCCACGGCUCCGAAAGAGCUCAACGCCUCCACCCCCAGCAUCAUCAGCAGCUGCCACAUCUUCAUCAGCGCCAUCAGCAUAUACAGCACCAGCAGCAGUGGAUACAGCAGCAGCAGUGGCUGCUCCAUCAUCUUCAGCAGCAGCAGUGGCUGCUCCAUCAUCUUCAGCAGCAGCAGUGGCUGCUCCAUCAUCUUCAGCAGCACCUUCCCCACCUACAGCCCCCGUGAAGCUUCCCCCAUUGCUCCAGGCUACAGACAGACCUGUACUGGGGGUUCCUCAACCACCUCUGUCUCCACCAAAGACUCCCUCAUCAUCUUCUAUGGACCCGGCUUGGGUCCCCCCCGCUACAUCCACUCCAUCUAG